AUGUCCGCGGUGUUCCUCCUGACUGCAGUCUGCAGAUCAGACGGGUCGGACGGGUCAGGGGAAGAGCAGAGACAGGUCAGACCUGCUGCUCACUGCUCUGUGCUCUCGGAACACCACAUCACGACCUCCACACAGUACCUCUGCUGCUACACAAUGUUCCUGUAUGGGUUUGGACUGGUGGCUCUUUACUUGAUUUACCGCUGGCUGAAGGAGCUGAAACAAGUCCCUCACAUCGAAGACAAGUUUGUGUACAUCACCGGCUGUGACAGUGGCUUUGGGAGCUGUCUGUCCCGUCACUUGGAUAAACUGGGAUACCGCGUUAUCAGUGGCUGCUACACCGAGAAGGGAGAAGAUGAGCUGAAGAAGGCCGCCUCCAACCGACUCACCACAAUCCACCUGGAUGUUACCGACAGCAGAAGUGUCACAAAGGCAGCAGACACCAUCCAGAGUCUGGUGGGAAACAAGGGACUGUGGGCGCUGGUGAACAAUGCAGGUGUCUCUCUCCCAUCGGCCCCCACUGACUGGCUCAAUAUUGAGGACUACAGGGGCAUGUUGGCUGUCAACCUGGAUGGGGUCAUCAAUGUCACCCUGAGCAUCCUGCCUCUGGUGAAGAAGGCCAAAGGACGAGUGGUGAAUGUGGCCAGUGUGUUUGGUCGUGUCAGUCCGUUCGGGGGGCCCUACUGCAUCUCCAAGUACGGAGUGGAGUCUUUCAAUGACAGUCUGAGACUAAACAUGACAGCGUUUGGGGUUAAGGUGUGCUGCAUUGAACCUGGAUUCUUCCAAACAAAUGUGACAAAUGCAGAAAUGAUGCAAGAUAACUUUAAGAAGCUUUGGGACCGGCUGCCACAAGACGUGAAGAGCGACUACGGACAGGAUUACUGUGAUAGGAUGAUUGCAGAAAUGAAGCGACGUUUUUCUCAGCUGACUGACGGAAACCUGAUGAAAGUGGUAAACUGCAUGGAACACGCCAUCUCCGCCGUGCACCCGCGAAAGCGCUACUCUCCGGGGUUCGACGCCAAGCUGGUGUGGUUGCCUCUGUCCUACAUGCCCACCUGGCUGGCAGACUGGUGGUUCCUCAGAAACACCACUUCAGAAAUUUUCCCCAUGGAUUUUUUGGAGUUCUCUGAGGUGACCCUGUCUCAUCCGCUGCUGUCCUGCACGGCUCUCCUGGCCGCCAUCCUCUUCAUCUCGCGUUAUAUCCGCGAGUCCUUCACCGUGGACCAGCUCUCCCACAGGACAGUGCUGAUCACGGGCUGCGACAGUGGCUUCGGGAACCUCCUGGCCCGGCAGCUGGACUCCAAGGGCCUCCCGGUCAUCGCCGCCUGCCUCACAGAGAAGGGUGCGAGGGACCUGUCCUCCUCCACCUCCUCCAGGCUCCAGACUGUGCUGCUGAACGUGGCCGACAGCACCAGCAUCCAGAGGGCGGUGGAGUUUGUGAGAGCAGAGGUCGGACAGAGAGGUCUGUGGGGUCUUGUGAAUAAUGCUGGUACGUCCAUUCCUAUCGGUCCGGUCGAGUGGAUGAAGCCUGAGGAUUUCACCAAAGUUCUGGAUGUGAAUCUUUUGGGCGUCAUUGAUGUAACGCUCCAAUUUCUGCCACUGCUGAAACAGGCCCAGGGCAGAGUGGUCAACGUGGCCAGCAUUUUUGGCCGACUGUCCCUCACCGGAGGAGGAUACUGUAUCUCUAAGUACUGUGUGGAGGCCUUUUCUGACUCACUCAGGAGGGACAUGUGUCAAUUUGGCAUCAAAGUAGGCAUUAUUGAGCCUGGAUUUUUCAAAACUGCUAUAACCAAUUCCAAAGUCAUUGAAGUUGACUUGAAAAGGCUCUGGACUCGACUGCCACAAGACGUCAAAGACUCGUAUGGGGAGAAUUACAUUACUGAAUAUGCAAAAGCACAGCACUUCUCUUUGCGGCUCUUGUGCAGCUCUGAUCUCUCCAAAGUCACCAACUGCAUGGAGCACGCACUGACCGCUCUCUUCCCUCGGAGCCGAUACGCAGCCGGCUGGGACGCCAAGUUUUUCUGGAUCCCUCUGUCCUACCUCCCGUCUUUUGUGGCUGAUUUUGUGGUUAAGAUCCUUCUUCCUUCACCUAAAAGUGCAUGA